CCACGUGCCCCUUGUUACUAGUAUAAAAGGUGGCAUCAGUCCGCCGACCUGUACACUUUUCUGCCUAGAUUCGUCGCAGAAAGAGAUGACAAUGGUGCGGGUGAGCGCCAGCAUGGUGGCACUUGCCGUCCUUUUCGCUACUACCUCCGCCAGAAAACUUCCUGCUGAAAUUAAGCCUUGCUCUCGAAACGACCCCGACCUGAACAAGUGCGCCGUGUUAAACGGAAGAGCGGCAAUCCCGAACAUUUGGAAAGGAAUCCCUUCUUAUGGAGUGCCUGUUUUGGACCCUUUGCGGAUCGACCUGUUGGACGUUGCUGAGCCCCCUGAGGGUUCAACUCGUCAAGUGUCACUCUCACUAAAAAUGAAAGACGUUGACGUUGUUGGACUGAGAAAUGCUAAUCUUGAAUAUGCCAGAAUCGACCUGGCCCGUGAAAGGAUGAGUUGGAAGCUCACUGUACCACAAGUGGCCUUGUUGGGAAAGUACACAAUUAAUGGCAAGGUGUUGCUUCUACCCCUGAGAGGACGAGGCGACAUGAACAUUACUUUGGAAAAUGUGAAUGUUCACUAUGGGUUCAACAUGGGACUGGCCCCAGGAAAGAAGGGAGAACUUUACCUGAACCCUGCCGACAGCAAACUGGAAUUCGAUACCACCAAGGCACAUAUCAACCUGGAAAAUCUUUUCGACGGAGAAAAGACGCUGAGUGACCACAUGAACCGGUUCCUUAACGAAAACUGGCGUGAGUUGGUGCUUGAGUUGGGCCCCCCGAUCGCAGAGGCGCUGAACCAAGUGCUUACCCAGCUCAUGUCCAACAUUGCCAAGACAGUGCCGAUGAAGGAGGUUUUCCCUGAAGUUAUCAGCAGAUAGUUUCCUA